AUGUCAGGAGAAAAGGCUAUCGUUCGCAGCAGGUGGUCCUCAGAUCGCAGUGAGGACUUGUUUCAGGUCUUCAACCCCGCCACAGGAGAGACUCUCCGAAUGGUACAAGGUGCAAGUCCCAUGGAGGCACAAAAGGCGGUAGAGGCUGCCCACCGGGCAUUUGAAACGGACUGGAGACUACGCUCACCCACACAACGGGCUGCUAUACUGCUCAAAGCAGCAGACGCUCUCGAGGAACAUGCCGACGAACUAGCCACGUGCCUUUCGCAGGAAAAUGGAAAGCCUUUCAGGGACGCUCGACCAGCAGACGUGAACUUUUUGGUUCAGGUUUUCCGAUAUUUUGGAGGUCUAAUAGACAAAUUGCCCUCGGAAUUCUACGACCAGGGCAGUAUCUAUGCAACAGUUGUCCGUGAGCCGUUUGGAGUCGUUCUCGGCAUUAUUCCCUUCAACUGGCCGCCAAUCCACACGGGCGGAAAGCUAGCUCCGGCCCUGGCGGCUGGCAAUACUGUCGUGCUCAAGCCCGGUGAACAGGCCCCGUUGACCGUCAUUCGCAUUGUCGAGAUUCUCAACACGGUCUUUCCCAAGGAUGUUAUCCACGUUGUUCCAGCUAAGGGCAUCGCCGUUCCACAAGCACUGAUCAGCAACCAAUUGGUACGUAAGAUCUCGUUCACUGGCUCCACAGCCGGCGGGGCAGCGGUGGGCCAGAGUGCUUUGGCGAGAGUUACCCCCGUAGUCCUCGAGCUUGGUGGGAAAAAUGCCUUCAUAGUUUUUGAGGACGCCAAUAUCCACGACGCAGUGCAAGACGCCCUGGAAGGGGGGUUCUACAACAAGGGCGAAGCGUGUACAGCCGCCUCGCGAGUCUUGGUUCACGAAUCGGUCCACGAUGAGUUCGUUAAGCAGCUUUCAACCGCUGUCGAAAAAUUGAAAGUGGGCGAAGGUCUCUUGGAGGACACGCACGUCGGGCCCGUGGUCAGCAAAAUCCAACAACAAAAGGUCCUGAAAUAUUUGACGGUUGGCGCAGAAGAAGGAGCCACUAUCGCUGCGCAGGCACCACUACCUGCAGACCUGCGACUGAAGAACGGAUUCUUCGUCCCCCCUACACUUUUCACCAACGUGAAGCGUGACAUGCGCAUCGCCAAGGAGGAGAUAUUCGGUCCAGUCGUGACGGUAACCAAAUUCACGACGUACGAAGAAGCAAUUGCCAUUACCAAUGAGUCCGAGUAUGGGCUGGUUUGUGCAGUUCACACGAGUGAUAUGAAUCAGGCGUGGCGGGCGGCCCGCGAUGUCGAGAGUGGAAUAGUCUUUGUAAACAACUACCACCGAAACGCCCUUGGGACGCCUUUUGGGGGCACAAAGUCUAGUGGAUUUGGCAGGGAGCACUGUAUCGAGACGCUCCACGAUUACACCUGGGCUAAGACAGUGAGGAUACCGUCGGGCCGUGGAGAGGUUCCGAGAUGGAGAGGUGUCCAGGAUUGUUUCAAGAACUAA